GUUUACAGUGGCGGUUGAAAUCGAAAACUAUCUGCGGUAAAAUUUAGUGAUAAUAUGAGGCUACACGUAAACUCUUUGUUGCUUUUAACUUUAACACUAACAAAUAAUGUAAUUUUCGCUAAGUACGAACCAAAUUGGAAAAGUUUAGACACAAGGCCUUUACCUACGUGGUUUGAUAAGGCUAAAAUUGGAAUUUUCUUGCAUUGGGGUGUAUUUUCUGUACCUAGUGUCAGGUCGGAAUGGUUCUGGUGGGAUUGGAAAGAUGAUCCAUCCGCUGAAGUAACCAAUUACAUGAAAGACAAUUUCCCUCCAGGAUUUAGCUAUCAAGAGUUCGCGAAAGAUUUUACAGCAGAAUUUUUCAAUGCAACUCAAUGGGCUCAUAUUUUUGCAAAAUCAGGAGCAAAAUACGUUAUAUUGACCAGCAAACAUCACGAAGGCUUCACUAAUUGGCCUUCUGCGUACUCUUUCAGCUGGAAUGCAAAAGAUAUUGGACCACAUAGGGAUCUUGUUGGGGAACUUGGUGAUGCAGUCAGAAAAGCUGGUAUCAAAUAUGGUCUCUACCACUCCCUCUUUGAGUGGUUCAACCCCAUGUGGUUGGCUGAUAAAGCUAAUCGAUUUAAAACUCAAUCCUUUGUUGAUAACAAAAUGAUUCCAGAAAUGAAAGAGUUGGUCAAUAAAUAUCAGCCAUCGGUUAUUUGGUCUGAUGGUGACUGGGAAGCUAAUGAUACGUACUUUAAGUCUACUGAGUUUUUGGCUUGGUUAUACAAUGAAAGUCCCAACAAAGACGAAGUAGUUGUGAACGACAGAUGGGGCGCUGGAAUACCUUGCCAUCAUGGAGAUUACUAUACUUGUAAAGACAAAUACGAUCCUGGAGUUCUUCAAGAGAAGAAAUGGGAAAACGCCAUGACUUUGGAUAAAUCUUCAUGGGGAUUCAGACGAAAUGCGAAAUUAUCCGAUUACUUGACACCGAUAGAACUUUUAACACUUCUUGCAAGAACCGUGAGUUGUGGAGGAAACAUUCUUAUUAACGUUGGACCAACGAAAGAAGGAACCAUCAGUCCCAUAUUUGAAGAAAGACUAACUCAACUCGGUAACUGGUUAGGAAUCAAUGGAGAAGCUAUCUAUAGCAGCCAGCCAUGGACUUCUCAAAAUGAUUCUCUUAAUUCAAAUGUUUGGUACACAUCUCGAGACACAGCUGUAUAUGCAAUUAAUCUAGUUUGGCCCGAGAGUAACACUGUAGAACUUGCAUCUGUUGUAGAUUUGUUUAAAAAUCCAGUUACUACUGUAUCAUUAUUGGGCAAUGAAGGAAAACUCAAAUGGGUUAUAAACUCUGAUAGAGUCGAAAUUCAAUUUCCUGAUAAAGCUACGGUGAAAAGCGAGACUGCUUGGGUAUUGAAAAUUGUGUCACCUAAUAAAAAAGGAAAUUGUCGUUUAUAAGUUUAUAAAUAAAGACUCUAUUUUAAGUGUAUUGGUUCA